AUGGCGCUGUUCCGAGUUCAGAAAACCCCUUCAGUGCAUGGGCUAACUCCAUUUGAGAUCCUAUUUGGAGGGCCCCCGCCUAUCCUGAGUACACUUCCCAUAGACCCUAAUCAUCCCAUUGACCCCCCAUCCCUCCAGGCCCAGUUACAUGCCCUUCAUCUCGUCCAGAAUCAGAUCUGGAAACCACUGGCUGCAGUAUACCAGGCUGGAAAUUCCACAGUGCCCCACCCGUUCCAGAUCGGGAACUCUGUGUACGUCCGACACCACCAAGCUAAGCCUCUUGAACCCCGCUGGAAAGGCCCUUACACUGUGAUCCUGAUGACCCCCACGGCUCUCAAAGUAGACAGGAUUGCAGCAUGGAUCCACGCCUCUCCUGCCAAGAAGGCCGUGGCCAGCGGAGGGAGGGUGUCACCUGUGGUCUCACUCAUUCCUUGCUGUCCCCUCCUCCUCCAAGGUACCCUGCUCACCUCCUGCACCUGUUCAACUGCCUCCAAGUCGCUCCAGACGGAAGGAGCGCGCACCCCCCUCCCCCCCGUCCCCAGAACCCUUGAUGGGGUUCUCAGCACUUCUUGGUUCCGAGAGCCGGAAGCCCAGCCACCAGCCACGAUCUCUCCCAAGGGACAGCAGCACCUUCUGGGACAUCCUCACACCAGCCAAGACGUACCGCACACCGACGACAACCCGGGCCUGGUCCGGCUGGUGACCUUCCCAGAGUCUUCGAAGGGCGUCAUCUCCAGCGACCUUAACUUCUCUGUGAUCCUGGAGUGGGCUGCGAGCAUGAACCCAGCGCCUGUGCUAAGCUGGACCUUGAAUGGGAAGCCAUGCGGAAGGGAGGAGACUUUUAUCUGGCGACUGUCCCCACAGCACCUGUGCACAGCCAAGACCGCAGACGAAGAGCUGGUCUCUGAGCUCACUGUCUCACGGAGGCAAGCCUCCGGGGCUCCCACAGCUGCGGCUCCCACGACCGCUAACCCGGUGAAGCCCGGCCACAACGUCCUGUCCCUGUCAGGAGGAUCUGCCAUCGGCCUCGUCGUGGCGGCCACCCUGGGCGGCCUCGUGCUGCUCGGCGCUGAAGAACUGACCCCCGGGAAGAGAAACGCGCAGCCGGUGAAUACGCAGCUGCAGCCGGUGAAUACGCAGCUGCAGCCGGUGAAUACGCAGCUGCAGCCGGUGAAUACGCAGCUGCAGCCCGUGAAUAUGCAGCUGUAGCCGGUGCGCAGCUGAGCAUAAACCCCAGGAAAGGAAUCUCGGGACAGGAUGACUGUCCAUGCUGAGCUUCCUCGGGGACCUCCUCCUUCCGUUCGACCCCGAGAUGUCCCUGCCCUAUUGAAUAAAGCGUUGCUUUCCCGUU